AUGGUUGACACAGCAGGAGAUGAACUAGAACUAGAAGUAGAAUAUAUGACAAGUCUAGGCCUAGCAAAAAUGCUGAAAAGAAUGCAAAUGGGGUUACUCCCAAUACAAAAAUUAAAAAUUAAGGAAAAUGCUAGAUUGCAGUCUGAGUUAGCGGAUGUGGAGACUAAUUAUCGAAGAAGAAUUUCUGAAUUGGAAGCUGCACUAGAAAAAUCACAACAGGAAUCACAGAAAACCAGAGAGUUGCUUCAAGUUCGGGAGAAAUCUGCAAAUGAAAUGGUUGAUCAGCUUGAGAAUGAGCGGGUAAGACAGGUGGUGGUUGCCCAGCAGAAGGAAGCAGAGAUUCAAUCCUUAAAAGAGCAGUUGAAAGCUCUUCAAGAAAGAAUAGGCUCUCCAAAGAUUUCAGAAGAGUCCAAGAGCACUAAUCAAGACCCUACUGCCCAAGACAAAAUAUUGGCAGAGCAGUCUGCAAAGAGGAAAGAGUUGCUGUCUUAUGCCCUAGAUAUUCCAGUCCAGAAUGGGAGAGAGAGGGUUCCAUCAGCCUCAGCCAAAAGUUUGGUUGACUCUUUUGACGGCCUUAUUCAAGAGUUGUGUGAUUUAUGUGCAGAAUUCUUAUAUUGUUAUAGUAGAAGAAUAAAGUUAUGUGAACAGUCAUCUGAAGUAAAAGUUAAACUUAUUGAAAACUUGAAAUCUGCAGCGACUCCGUGGCGCUCGUUAUCAUCGUCAUAUCAUCAACUGGUCAAGAACGCAUCGGGGGAGGGCUUCAUUGCCCUGGAAACCUUGAGCGGUCUCUCAAAUGUCAGCCAGUGUGUCGUUUCCUGUGGAGCUAGUCUUCGUAAAAUUUUACCACUAGUUGUGCAUUGGAUUUCGGAAGGACGCAGCCCGACCGUAGAUGGUGAUCGAAUUGAUGCUGCCUGGAGUGCAUCUUUCAGCCGACUAGUCUCGUCUUGGGGGUCUUUAGCUCCUUAUGUUGCAGCAUUGGCUAGUCAAAGUACGCCCAACUCAAACUUACCACCAAGUGCUCAGGGACGUGUAAUCACCAUGUUAAGUGACCGUCUGGUCAAUUUACAUGCAGCGUUCAAUGAGGCUGCAAAUAUUUACCAAAGGAAAGCGAACGCUGAAAAAGAUCAACAUUCAACGUCAGGUGAAGCAAAUGCUAUUAAUGAAGAGCUAAUAAAUGCAUUAAACUCGCUGUCCUCAACAACCAAUAGAAUGUCCACAACCUUCAGAGAACAAGUUGUCCCAUCAUGGAACCGUGGAGGUUCAACACCAAGUACACCAUCUUCUCCAUACCCUAGUAUGCCAUAUGGAUUAAGCAAAUCUCCUAGUAAUUCAAAUUCUGUAACACAGGAUGAGAGUCAUCAGGUCCUUUAUGAUGGAACACUCUCUAGUCCUAUAAAUGAUUCAAAUUUUGGUGAUACGGAGACGUCACUCAAGAAGCAAUUAGCAGUGACAUCCUCCAAGCUUAGUCAGUUAGAAGCCGAAAGAGAACAUUGGAGACUGGAACAUCAGUUGUUACAGUGUAAACUUCAAAAGGUAACAAAGAGGGUCAAACAGCUUGAACAGCAGCUGAAAGGAGAGACCACAACUUCAGAUGGGGAUGCAGACACAGUGCACACAAGAGAUCAUUCUGUCUCAGUUAUAUCAAACACAUCUUUCGUUGGUGAAGUACAGAGUUCAGAUGGUAUUCCAGAUGAGAGAGAGAAAGAUAUACGCAACCAUUUCACUAGUCGCUGUUCUCACCUUUAUAUGAAAUUAACGUCAGCUGUAAGUCAGGCAUCUCUCUAUCAGAAUGAGUGCGAAUCGUUAAUGAAGCGUUUAGUCGUGAGUGAGGAAAACCAGACUUCUACCGAGGUGGAAGUGGAUAAACAGCGAGAAAAUGUCAGUUAUCUUAAGGAGACUUUGCAGACUACUUCUAGAAAUUAUGAAGAGCAGAUCUCUACUAUGUCUGAACAUUUAGCAGAUUUGAAUGAGAGAAUAGCAAGCCAGACAGAAUAUAUUGAACAACUCAAAUAUGAAAUUAAGGCUAAGAAAGGCAAGAAGUAAGAAGUGGAGUUUUCAAGGUUCAUCCAACUACAAUAGAUUGAUUUAUUGUGGUAAAUUUACUGCUUAGUUGUUAUUUUUGUAUGCUGAAUGAAUGGAUGAAUGAAUGUCGAAUAUCAAAUGGGUAUAAGUGUGUGAAGAAUCCACGAAAGGCUCAUUUCAUCUUAAAACUGACCAAAGUUUGAGACAUUACGGUGCAUUGUAUACUAGUUUGUGAUAAUUCUUUAUUAUAAUAAAAGCUCUUUUUAAGAUAUGAUUUUAUGAUACUCAGAGAACAGAUAUAUAGAUCUGACAUGAUAGUGUAGCAUUGUAUAACCUGAUUUUCAUUUUCUUUUGACUUCCUUAUAGAGGCUUAGAAAUAAGUGAUUUAAGUCAAUUAAGUGAAAGUAUUUCCUGUAUGUAUUGUAAUAUAGACUUUUUCAUCUGUGAAACUGCCGACUGUAGAGGGUCAAAGCUUUACAUUUCUAUUGAUUUGUUAAAAUUGAGUUACAUUCCAUUAAAGUUUAUUUACACAUCAAA